UAUUUAUUUGUGCUUCCAGAUGACCACUCAAGAGUUGUUUUGGAAAAUACCCCUGACAAACCACAUUUAGAUUAUAUAAAUGCCAACUUUUUAGACGGUUAUGGUCAUAAUCGGAAAUACAUAGCUUCACAAGGUCCCACGACACAUAUGAUAAAUGAUUUUGUUAGAAUGAUUAUGGAGAAGAAAUGUGAUAAAGUUGUUAUGGUCACUAAAGAUUAUGAAAUGGGAAAGAUUAAAUGUUUAAUAUACUGGCCUGAUGAAAAGCCUAUAACUAAAGGUGAUAUCACAUUGACACUGAAGAAACAAAAGAUAAGAGCUAACUAUACUAUAAGAACCAUUCUAAUGACAGAGGUAGGUAAUAUUUUGCAGGGAGAUUCAAGUCAUACAUUUACUCAGUUCCAUUAUGAGACUUGGCCAGAUCAUGAUGUUCCUGAUGUCGACGACAUGUUGGAUUUUUUAUAUGAAGUUAACAAACAUCAACCACAAUCAACUGCUCCCCAAGUAGUACACUGCAGUGCUGGUGUAGGUAGGACAGGUACCUAUAUAGCUGUAGAUUAUUGUUUAGAACAAUAUAAAGACACUGGCUCUGUAGAUAUCAUGGCAUGCAUCAAGAAGCUGCGGAACCAAAGAAGAGGAAUGGUUCAAACAUUCGCACAACUUCAGUUUAUCUUUGAAGCUUUACUGGAGGGAUUGAAGAAAGGUGAUACCUGUAUGUAUUCAGAUAUGUUUCUCAGUGAAUAUGAGUCCAAGAUGAAAGUUAAUUCUACAGCACUAUCUACACAAUUUGAACAUCUGAAGAGCAUUGAAGUAGAACCAGGUGAAUUUCGUAAAGUUAUGCAUGUACAAACUUAA